AUGGCCAUGGAGCAAGCUGAACAUAAUCCAAACGCUACCAUCAACCUCAACUUUGCUGCAAUCUACAAUCUCCACGAUGGGGAUUUAUCCUCUUCGCGAAACUUCUCCUUCCCUUUCAAUUUCAGUUACAGUGAUUACGACCUGCCACUGGACAGUGAGGACGACAUGACCAAAACCCGCACCUUCUUUGCAGCCAAGAUUGUGAUCGGGGUGGCUCUGGUUGGCAUCAUGCUGGUCUGUGGCAUCGGCAACUUCAUCUUCAUUGCUGCUCUUGCCCGCUACAAGAAGCUGCGAAACCUUACCAACCUGCUGAUUGCCAACCUAGCCAUCUCAGACUUCAUUGUGGCCAUCGUGUGCUGCCCCUUUGAGAUGGACUACUACGUGGUGAGGCAGCUGUCCUGGGAGCACGGCCAUGUCCUCUGCGCCUCAGUCAACUACCUACGGACCGUCUCCCUGUACGUUUCUACCAAUGCUCUCCUGGCUAUAGCUGUUGACAGGUAUCUGGCCAUUGUUCACCCACUGAAACCACGCAUGAAUUAUCAAACAGCAACCUUCCUAAUUGCCUUGGUCUGGAUCGUCUCCAUACUUGUAGCUAUACCAUCUGCUUACUUUGCUACUGAAACAGUGUUAUUUAUAGUGAAAAACCAGGAGAAAAUUUUCUGUGGUCAAAUUUGGCCAGUUGACCAGCAGAUGUACUACAAAUCAUACUUCCUCUUCAUCUUUGGCAUUGAAUUUGUUGCACCUGUGAUUACGAUGACCUUGUGUUACGCCAGGAUCUCUCGGGAGCUUUGGUUUAAAACUGUACCAGGAUUUCAGACGGAACAGAUCAGAAAGAGGCUUCGAUGCAGAAGAAAAACUGUUAUGGUACUGAUGUGCAUCCUGACUGCCUAUGUUCUCUGCUGGGCACCCUUCUAUGGCUUCACAAUUGUCCGUGACUUUUUCCCCACCAUCUUUGUGAAAGAGAAGCAUUAUCUUACUGCUUUUUACAUAGUUGAAUGCAUUGCUAUGAGUAACAGCAUGAUAAACACCAUGUGUUUUGUAACUGUAAAAAAUAACACCAUGAAGUAUUUCAAGAAGAUCAUGUUGCUCAGAUGGAGAUCAACAUAUAGCGGAAGCAAAUCUAGCACAGAUUUAGACCUGAGAACAAGUGCAAUGCCAGUCACAGAGGAGGUAGACUGCAUAAAACUGAAAUAA